CACACAGCAGCCCAGCUCUCCAGUUCGAUGCAGGCAACUAUCCUAACGCUUCUUCUGGGCAGUAGCCUACUGUCGCUUACAGUUGCCGCACCCGACUCCAAAACCGCCGCUGCAGCCGCUCUCUCUGUCUCCCGGUCCGCUUCUGGGGGUUUCUGCACUUGUGCUGGUACCUCCUACAACGCAUCACUCGUCUUAACAUACGACUGUGGCGACUAUCGCUUGGGCCCAACCAAUCUUUUCCCAUCACUCCUGCAGGCCGCGACGGCAACUCAGCCGGAUCGCGUUGUCCCAAAAUUGCUGCGCGGCGCACUUGACUACGACCGACUUGGCGGUCUGUGUCCAGGCGAGUGGCUGGCGAAAUAUACCAAUGCGACGACGGGCUUCUUCAUCUACCCUGACGAGGAUGGUUUCCAGCUUCAAGCGCAAGUCCCCCCCGCGCCAGUCCAAAUGAACCCCCAAACAGGGCUUCCCAUCGAGCCAGCAGCGCAAAGCCAGUUGGAAGUGCCGAUAUCAGGGAUCCAGGAGCUGGAAAGAGGAAUGCUUCUUGACCGAUUCGGCAAGGAGACAGGACAAUAUUUGGCGCCAUAUGGAACCCCUUUCUCACAACGCGCGUUGCCUCCUGCAAGUCUGAACCCACCACAGGGCGCAAACGCCACAACGAGAUACGACUACCACAUUUACCGCGUCUUGAAGCCGUUUGAUGUGCGGUCUGGGCCAAUUGCCGCGUGGUUUGACCAGCCAGGGCAGGGAACGCAGUAUUUUGUGCAGAAUGCAACGGUCGCGGGGCUUUUGAGGGACGGGUUUUUGGAGAAAGCAUUUGUGGCAGGACAAUGA